AUGGAGAGAAGAGUCACUUUUUACGCAAAGGAGCAACUGAAAGCAGAUUCAUUCUACAAUCUUUUCUCUCCUGAAGAAACUGAAAUAACCAUUUCUGAAUCGAAGGAUGUUCCAAUCAGCAUCCAAUAUCGGUUAACCUUUCCAAAAGAGUUGUAUCCUCCAUUGGAGUCAAUUGUUGAACGUGUUGCCAGCCUUAGAAUCACCUAUAGAAAUGAAGAGCUGGCUGGUGAGUCGGAGAACAUGUUUUGUGGCCAUUUGGCCUCUGGCUUCAAUGCCUACUUUGUACCACUAACUAUGGAUCAGAAUGAAAUUUGGUCCAUUGCUGACAAAAUUGGAAGCCAAUUUGGCGCUCAGGGAGAUGAAUUUAUAGUAACACCGUUUAGUGUGAACUACCAUAAGAAGAGAAUUGAUAACUAUGACUUGCUUCCUCUCUUGGAUCUGCUCAGAAAGCUGAAAAUAGAAGAGGUGCACGGUCUCGAUAUACAGUUGGUUGAUUCGAAAGUGUUCGUCGAUGUUUCUUAUCCGCUAAAAUCUACAAUGAACAUUAAAGAAGAAGACGGAAUACAGACAGAAGUAGCAAUUUUGCAUUUAGAUGAGAAGCUGAGUAAUAUUGAGAACUAUGCUUUGAAGGGUGUUAGAUUCCAAUAUCCAGCGGUGGAAGGUCCCCCAGGUAAAGGACUAGAAACCUUAUUUCAAGUGAUACCAAGGCACAGGUUCCUACCGGACGAGAUAUCUUUCAAAGGGACUUUAGAGCAUGUGGGAAUGCAUCCAAAACUGAAACUAUCAGGAUUGGAAAAUGUGAAACCACCAUUUAUUCAAGAAGGAGAGUCGUUAUGUCGCCUGUUCUAUUACACUCCUCUUUCGAAACAUUCAUUCAUCGAUCGUUACAUGAUUCAAGAUCAAAGUGAAAAUGUCAACUUGGUUGCAGGAUUUGGAGAAAUGAAUCUGGAAAAACCUGAGUGGGCCGUGAAAAAAUGGGGUAGUGAAUACUUGAUGGAAAUAUUGAACUAUAAGGAAGGAGAAGCCCUAAUUCCGCUCCACUUGAGAUACGGAGAUGUUGCGAAAGAUACCCAAUAUAGUGAGAUUGACUUUGAAUUGGGUGACCUAUUUUAUGCGUGUGACUCCAUCGACAUCCAAGAGCAAGCUGUUUUGGAGCGAAAUGUAUUCCAGAAACGAUCGCUAGGGUACGAGAGGUAUUUUGACAAUAAAACCUUAUUUUAUCACGCGAAGGGUCACUGGCAGAAUAAUUCUGACGUCUACGAAGUGCCAAUUGGAGAUUCGACCUAUGCCAAGCAUAUUGAUAUUGCGACAUUGUCACUAGUUGGACUAGGGGCAAUUUAUCUCAUUAGCUGCUUGUAG